GUGGCAUUCCAGCACAGAGAUUUACACCAGAAAUGACUGGAUUUGUGGGUGCAACAGGAAGAAUACCCUUUUCUGCUUUCCUUGCAUACUUUUCGGUGGUAAGUGUUACAGAUUUAGUGCACCCGAAAGAAAAAAUUAAGAAGCAUGAAAACUCUAAAACACAUCUUCAUAAUUCGAUGGAAUUGGAUUUAUUGGGGACUGUUAACAUCAAGUGCUCAGUUAGAUUCAGCAUAUUGGAGAAAUAUACAACAGCAUAAUGAUACCGUUACAAAAAA